ACGCUCUGCUUAUUUGUUAACUGCCCACGCUACUACUAGAACAACCGUUAAAAGGGGGGCAAAACUGCAGCCUUUGGCGAGAAACGAGUACAUACACCGAGGGCUUCCCUUCCCUUUCUCUCCCCUCCCCCGGCAAGAGCUAAAGUUGGCGCUAAAAAUCAGAGGUCGCCGCUUCCGAGCAACGGCGGAGCCCCAACGAGCGGGGAAGGAGCCUUAGCAACCUCUCAGCUCCUGGCGGCGGCGCAGGGAAAGGCGGGCCACCUCGUCCUCUCCCGCAAGGCCCUCCGGCCCGCACGGUGUCUCUCGUGAGGAACCCUCCGGCAGUUCAGGUGUCUCUGCCGGCUGCGGGGGACGUGACUCGCGUCCAUUGCUUUGGCCAUGGAGCGGUUAACGUUGCAGCCGGGGGCUGCCGCCGCCAUCGACGAAUACCUGGAGUACCGGAGAAUUGUUGGUGAAGAUGAUGGAGGGAAGCUCUUUACCCCUGAAGAAUACGAACAAUACAAGAAAAGAGUGUUACCAAUACGACUUCAAAACCGAUUGUAUGUGAGCUGGAGAUCACCAACUGGCAUGGACUGUAAACUUGUGGGCCCAGAGACCCCAUGUUUUUGUACUCACAGGUAUAAGCAACACAAAACAGAUUUUGAAGUGAUUCCAAAGGAACGUCCUAUUUCUGUCCCUUGUAAGGUGAGCCGAUGCCUCUGCAGAUCUUUUAACUUUGUCCCUCUCAAUGGUACUCAGCCCAUCCGUUGUCGUUGUAAGCAUUUUGCUGACCAGCAUAGUCCAGCACCUGGAUUUCCAUGUGAAACAUGUUCUAAAUGUUCAGGGUUUCACAGUUGCUUUACCUGCGGAUGUGGCCAGCCAACAUAUGCUCAUGAAACAGUAGUGGAAACAAAAGAAGAGCGCUUAGCACAAGGAAAACCAGUGGGGCAAGAUGUCCCUUAUGCUGCAAUGGGAGGACUAACUGGCUUUAGUUCACUAGCAGAAGGCUACAUGAGACUUGAUGAUAGUGGAAUAGGAGCACCAUCAGCUGAAUUACUAAAUGCUCCUGUAACCAGCACAGAUCAUCUCUUUUUAAGAGCAUUUGAAGGGCCUUCCAGUUCCAUAGGAGCACAGUCCCAAUUAACAGAUGGAGGUGCAAGUACAGCAAUGCAAGUUUCACGUUUAAGGAGACCUGAGGAAGAUGAUAUGGCUUACUUUGAAAGGCAGUAUCAAGCACGGCUAAAACAAGAGAAGGCUGCAAAACAGAAAGGAAAAGGCCCGGCCUCAUUAAAGAAUUAAUAAUCAAUAAAACAAAGGAGUAUGCUUAAUUGUCAUUUAUCAGGACUUCCCAAUGACAAUCCUGUAUUGUUACUACUGUUUUGUUUCUAUUAAUUAUGCUGUAUUAGGUAUUUUCAGCCAGAAAAUUACAAAGUAUUUUGAUCUGGAAAUGACAAAUUCAGAAGAAAUGGAAUGGUUCUGAUAGUGAGGCAAGAUGUAGUACAGGCAGUUAGGGUCUAUAAUACAAAAUCUGACCAGAAAAUAUUCAUUAGGCUUCUGAGAAAACCUAUCAACACAACCACUAUUCAGAUCUAUGCAUCCACCACAGAUGCUGAAGAUGAAAUGGAACACUU